GGUAGCCACAAGCUCCGCUCUUUACUUUCAAAGCAAAUAAAUUGCAAUCACUUUCAAAUGAAAUAAAUUGCAUUUUUUUUCUUUCUUUCUUCUUCUUCUUAUUCUUACUUUAGAUGCUUCAGAACUUGUGAGGACUAUAGCAAAAAUUUUCAGAUAAUCAACAUGAUCAUGCAAAACAUCAUUUUCAAAGAACACGAAGGGCUCGUGCCAAACUCCGGCAACCGGCCACCACUGGAGAUUCCACGGUGGGCGGCAGAGCAGCUGCCGGUGGCGGCUUACGGCGGCCAUCUUGCCUGGGAAAAUGGCAUCAAGAUAAAAAUGCAGACUGCCUCAAUCGAGCAUCAGAGGAUUCUCAAUCUUCAAUUCGGCUACUCACCUAUUUUCGCGCAAAAUCCCGAGCUAGAGCCGUGCCACGAGCUAAACUCGACUCAUGUUGCUCAAAUUCAGGGGCGUAUCAUGUUGCCAUUGAGCCUGGCUAGCACCGAAGGAGGGUCGAUUUUCGUGAAUCCGAAGCAGUAUAAUCGAAUCUUGCUUCGUAGGAUGUCGCGCGCUCGGGCGUUGAUGAAGAAUCCGCCGUACAUGCACUUCUCCCGCCACCUCCACGCCAUGCGCCGCCCAAGGGGCACCGGAGGCCGUUUUCUCAACACCAAGAACUCGAGCGUUGCUAGCCGAAAUGCGGCCACCCGUGGAAAAUGGGCCGGGCCGGAAGGUUGUCGUGGUAUAUCACUAAAGGGGAUGUUAAUGGGCCGGGCCCAAAUGAUAGCGGCCCAAAUCACCUUUCUGGCUUUGAGCACUUCCAAUUUGACCAUAUCCACCGUGCGUUCGUCCAGCAGCCGUCUCGUGAAUGGGCUAAUCCCGGGUUCGGUAUCUCCGUGGAGAGUUGCUUCAAGAUCUGACGGUGGCGUUGGGCCCGGCCCAUACGGUGGGGCUCCGGGAAAUCAUUCUUGGCUA